GCCGCCGCCAGUCUUCACUUACUCACUCACUCACACACACACACACACACACACAGAGGGAGCCUCAUGCUGUGAACACACUCGCGCGUGUGUGAAGGUGUGAGUGUAGAAGUGUGUGUGUGGGUGGCGUGUCUUGACUUGAGCCGCGCUGUGGACCCACCUGACCCCCGGAGUGGCUUUAAUUAAUUAGUAAUUACAGUAAGUCAUUAUGGCAGAGGCGCCGCAGCAGCAGCAGCAGCAGCUUCACCCGCUGGACUCGGACCCGGAUUUCGAGCCUUUCUGCCGCCCGCGCUCCUGCACCUGGCCCCUGCCCAGACCCGAGUCCUCUCCCGCGGCUACUGGAGCGGAGGGCGAGCCGCGGGACCUGGGCUUCAUGGGCGGCUUGAGCUUGGCCCUGCUGGAGGAGACCGAGACGGAGACGGAGGACAGCAGGAAGGCGCGCGGGUUCGGGAGCGAUGACGCGCACCCGCCGCACCCGCACCCGCACUCGCACCUGCAGCAUCAGCAGCAUCAGCAUCCCGCACCGGCCGCAGCCCAGGUGCAACAGGUGCCGCAGCAUCAGCAGGUGCAGGUGCAGCCUCUUUCCUCAUCCUCGUCCUCUACCUCCUCGUCCUGCUCAUCCUCCUCCUCCUCAUCAUCAUCGUCCUCGUCCACGUCGUCCGCGCAGAGGAAGAGCAGCUCGUGCCGGAGGAACGCCUGGGGGAACAUGUCGUACGCGGACCUGAUCACGCAGGCGAUCGAGAGCGCGCCGGAGAGACGCCUGACCCUCGCGCAGAUCUACGAGUGGAUGGUCAAGAGCGUGCCGUACUUCAAGGACAAGGGGGACAGCAACAGCUCAGCCGGGUGGAAGAACUCGAUCCGUCACAAUUUGUCUCUGCACAGCCGAUUCGUGCGUGUUCAGAACGAGGGCACAGGGAAAAGCUCCUGGUGGAUGCUGAACCCUGAAGGAGGAAAAAGUGGUAAAUCUCCGCGCCGCAGAGCCGCCUCCAUGGACAACAACAGCAAGUUCACCAAAAGCCGCGGCCGCGCCGCCAAGAAGAAGGUGGGGCUGGACGGCGGUUCGAGCAGCCCUGGUUACUCCAAGUGGCUCGGCAGUCCCAACUCUCACAGUAACGAUGAUUUCGAGCCGUGGGGAACAUUCCGGACGAGGGCCAGCUCGGACGCGAGCACACUGAGCGGGCGGCGCUCGCCGUUCCUCCCCGAGGAGGACGUCGGUGAGGGAGGGGAGCACCACCUCGGAUACCAGGCCCCUAAAUUAGCCUCUAAACUGCCGAGCCUGUCUGAAGUGACGGGUUCUUUCAGCUCGAAGAACCUGAUGAUGGAGAACCUGUUAGAUAAUCUUAACCUGGUUUCGCCCAAGAACAGCCCGGAUGCUCCGAGCACACAGUACGCCCCCUACAGCACAGGCCAGGACUUCCACAAGUGGCAGAGUGGAAUUAGCAUCAAUGCUAUGACCAUCCAGACUAUGUCAGACAGCAAACCGGUCCAUUAUAACCCCUACAUAGGGCAGUUUAAUUGCCCUACUGGGCUUUUAAAGGAACUCCUAAGUAACGAUGGGGAACACAGAGGAGAUGUUUUGCCCCCCAUGGAGGCCGCAGGGCCACAAGUAGGGAGAGUUUUACCUCCCUAUGGUGCUCAAGGGCACAUGGGGCAAGCAGGAAAAGUGAUAGGCUCACAUACACACACUCACACACACUCUCAUACACACACCUCUACACCAGUGGGCAUGAACAGGUGUGCCCUCCUGCCUCAGGGACAUCUCGGUCGUCAUGGCAACAUGAAGCCAUACCCUCACCUGGCGCACAUGGGAGGAGGAGCAGGAGGAGGAGCCGUCGAGUCGGCGCCGUCCAGUUACUGCAUCGUCAACGGCAACGGUUUCCACAGACACGCUCCCGUCCUGCCGCAUCAUCACCACCAUCACCACCACCACCACCUGGAGCGGUUGCCUAGCGACCUGGACGACAUGGCCAUCGAGCGGCUGGAGUGUGAUGUGGAGAGCGUGCUGCACGACACGCUGAUGGAUGGAGACGCGCUCGACUUCAACUUCGACCCGGCCGCCAGCCAACAGGGCUUCACACACACUGCUGUCAAAAGCAACACGCACAGCUGGGUAUCGGGGUGCAGGGACCAGACUGAACAUGAGAACUACGAACGUCCUUCAGGAGGCCUGGAGAACUGGUCCUCAAGACUACAAUAAACAUACACCGAGGUCUGGAGCUUUGGAAGCAACAUAUGAAGAAAUGGGGGUUUAAAACUUUUCUACAGUCCUGUUAAUGGUGUGUGUGUGUGUGUGUGUGUGUGUGUGUUUGAGGGUUUUAAACGUUUUGCUCUGCUUGUAUGGCCUCAUGCACUUAUCAUGUUUUUAACACACUUAUAAUGAUGCAUUUGAGAGUUUUUUCCUCCUGGUGAAGUGAUAUUUUAUAUUUUAUAUUUUACAGUGUCUUCUCUCUUAUUUGUCAGGCUUAUCUUCAUCUCUAAUCCUUCCUUGAUCUUAAAGCAACCACAGAACAUUCAGCGGGAUAUUCCCACUCACACACACACGUACACACACACACACGUUUCUUUCUUUAUCGUGCCUCUGAAAUUGUAUACUUCUUGAAUUUUUUUUAUAUAAGCAGGAAACGCACUGAGGGGGAAAACACAGUUUUAUGACAUAAUUUCUAACCAUUUCUAACCAAUCUGUUAUCACAGUGCUGUGUGUUAUUGUGUAGUAACACUGGGAGAUUAUUUUAUUUUAUUUUAUUUUUAUCUAUUUAUUUCUGACCCAAACUGUUUCGAUGGCACUGAGAUUGAGCACUGCUGUUUUAUUUCUCAUAAAUAUGUAAAUAAUCAUUUUGAAUAUUUCAGAUUUUCCUGUAGGUGUAGUGGUGUUGUGUUAAGUUCCUGUUUUUUAUUAUUAUAUGUUUAUCAUUUGUGUAUAUUAAUUGUGUGUUGAUGGAUCAGAUGUUAAUUAUGAGUUCUGGUCUUUACUACCUGAAGUUUUUUUUUUAAUCAAAAAUCUGAAAUUGUGUAAAAGAUCAAAGUGCCUUUAAGACACAAACACGGAAACGUUAGUGACCAGCGCCGAGCUGUGAUCUAACCGAGACAUCUUACUGAGACAGGAUCUUCUGUAAAGUCCUGACCUACAUCAAUGAUCUUAUAAAAAUAAACAAGUCCCUACAUUUA